UGCCCCACCCUUGGUGGAGACCCACGGGUGUCAGCCACCUUGCUGUGCCCCGCCUGUGUCCCCCACCCUAGGCCCUCAGGGUCAGAGCAUUCCCCUUUCCCCACCAGGCCUGGGCAAGGUACAGCCCCCCUGACUUCUGCAAUCUCAACUGCUGAGCUUCCUUCCCCUUGGGCGGCCCCGCCUCACCCCUGCCCUGCGGGGCACCUCUUGAAGGCAGCUUCCUGCCUCAGGCUGGCCACCAUGGUGCCCUCCAGGCUGCCACCUAGGUCCUGCCAGACUUUGCUUAUCUUCCUGCUGCUGGUCUGCUGUCUGCUGUCGCCAGGUUCCCAGAGGCAGGAGUUCCUGCUGCGAGUGCAGCCCCAGAACCCGGUGCUUCCUGCUGGUGGGUCCCUGGUGGUGAACUGCAGUACCGAAUGCCCCGAUCCGAAGCUCAUCACUCUGGAGACAUCCCUGUUGAAGGAGCCAGUGGGCAAUGGCCCGGGCUGGGCAGCCUUCCAGCUCAGCAACGUGACUAGUGACAGUCGGGUCCUCUGUGCCGGGUUCUGCAAUGGCUCCCAGAUGAUAAGCUCCUCUAACAUCAUUGUGUACCGGUUCCCGGAUCAGGUGGAGCUGGCGCCCCUGCCCCCCUGGCAGCCCGUGGGCAAGAACCUCACCCUGCGCUGCCAGGUGGCCGGCGGGGCGCCCCGGUCUCAACUCACAGUGGUGCUGCUCCGCGGGGAGGAAGAGCUGAGCCGGCAGCAGGCGGCUGGGGAGCCCGCCGAGGUCGAGGUCGAGGUCACGGCCACGGUGCUGGCAGGCAGAAGUGACCACGGCGCCAGUUUCUCAUGCCACACGCAACUGGAUCUGCAGCCCCAAGGGCUGGGGCUGUUUGAGAACACCUCGGCCCCCCGCCAGCUCCGAACCUUUGCCCUGCCCAGGACUCUCCCCCACCUCGUGGCCCCCCAGUCCUUAGAGGUGGGAACGCCGUCGCAGGUCACCUGCAUCCUGGAUGGGCUGUUUCCAUCUUCUGAGGCCCAGGUCCAACUGGCACUGGGGGACCAGAUGCUGAAUCCUGCAGUCACAAGGAACAGCGACAGGCUCACGGCCAGAGCCACAGUCACAGCGCAGGCAGAUCAGGAAGGUCCCCGGGAAAUUGUCUGCAACGUGACGUUGGGGGGCGAGACUCGCGAGUCCCGGAAGAACCUAACAGUUUUUAGCUUCCUAGGGCCCAUUCUAAACCUGAGCGAGUCCAGCGCCCCCGAGGGGUCAAUAGUGACCGUGACUUGCAUGGCCGGGGCCCGAGAACACGUCUUGCUGGACGGGGUUGCGGCUGCAGCCCCGGGACAGCCCGCCCAGCUUCAACUAAAUGCUACCGAGAUGGACGACCAGCGCAGCUUCUUCUGCAGUGCCAUUCUCGAGGUGGACGGGGAGAUCCUGAACAGGAACACGAGCGUCCAGUUGCGUGUCCUGUAUGGUCCCAAGAUUUACCGAGCCGAUUGUCCCGAGCACUUGAAAUGGAAAGAUAAAACGCACCAGGUCCUGCAGUGCCAGGCGCGGGGCAACCCAGCCCCGCAGGUACUCUGUUCGAAGGAAGGCUCCACCCUUAAGGCGCCCGUCGGGAUCCCAUUCUUCGUCAACUUAAAAUAUAAUGGCACUUAUCACUGCCAAGCGGCCAGCUCACGGGGCACGUACGGCCUGGUGGUGGUGAUGGACAUUCAGGGUCGGAACCUCCCCUCCGUCACGAUCUUCAUGGGGGUGUCAGCGACCGUGGCCUUGGUGACUGUCAUAGGGGUCUUAAUUUACUUCUACGGUGUGAAGCGGAGCGGCAUCUACAAGGUGAAGCAAGAGACCUCGCUGCCCCUCACGUCUAUGCAGCCCAUCGAGACCGUGGCGGAAGAACCGUCCUGAGCAGCAGGACGCUGGCAUCUUGGACCAAAGUCCCCGGAUUCCCCAACCAAUAAAGCCCUCCUACUCCGUAGUCUGUAGCUUGGUUCCACCUACGCUGCGGGGCUGUCCCACCGCGC